UUUCGGAACGAUUGGAUGCAAUUUUGUGUUUGCGUAAAAUUAUCCAUUAGUGAAUUGGCUUUCAAAAGUGAUUUUUUGUUCUAAUUGGUGUUGAAAAAGUGAUACUUUGGUUGUUUUUCGUGAAAUUAUGGGACAAUCCUGACGAUUUUGUCAAUAACGCUGGGAAUUUGUGUCUUUAUUUUCAGAAGGAUCCACUCCAGACACGCCAUGAUGCACUCCAGUCUGGAAUCAACAUGGAUGCACCCAUUUUUCGCUGUUGAAUUUUCUUCUCCGUUUCGUUUCAGCGAACCGGAAAAAUGCAGUUCUGAAGAAUUUUUAUCGAUUUUUUAUUAUUUAGAUGCAAGCCUUUAAAUAAUUAUAAUAAUUGUCAGGCAAUUUCGGGAAAAUGAUCUUUGUACUAAAAUAGCCUUUAUUUAAUUGAUACAGAAGACACCACCCCAAAGUCGGUGGUUCAUCCACUGUUUGGAGGGGGCGCCUGCCGCUGGCCCGGCUGCGAAAGGAUAUUCGACGACUUCGACGAGUUCUACAACCAUCUUCAGUCGGAUCACAUCAAUGGGGACUACUCGGCUGCGCAGGCUCGCAUCCAGAUGGAGGUGGUGUGCCAGUUGCAUCUGCAGCUGCAGAAGGAACGCGAUCGACUGCAGGCGAUGAUACUGCACCUGAACAAGAAGAACGAAAUGACGCGGAUUCCAAUGGCUGGUGCCAGCCCGUUUGUGCCGCAGAUUCCGCCACCCCCACCGCCGUAUGAUUUGAUCGCGGGGCUGCGCUUUCCACCGGCAGGCCCAGUGACCGAUGGGUCGAUGGUUGAGGCGGCGCUUCAGUUGACCACCAAACAGCAGCAAGUUUUGCAUCAUCAUCAUCAGCAGCAGCAGCAACAGCACCACCACCAGCAGCAGCAUCAGCAGCCGGGGCGGUCAUCGAAGGGAUCGAUCAGAGCGAAGUAUUUCGGCUCACCGCAGGACACGGAUGCGGGGGGCUACAAGGAGGUACAUUUUCCCGAUGUGCAGGACGGUGAGUGUGUUGAUGUUCAGAAGAAUCGUGAGUUUUAUCGCAGUCAUGACGUGCGUCCACCUUUCACUUAUGCGUCUUUAAUCAGACAGUCAAUAAUCGAAUCACCAGAGAAGCAGUUGACAUUGAAUGAAAUUUACAACUGGUUCCAGAAUACAUUCUGUUACUUCCGACGAAAUGCAGCGACAUGGAAGAACGCCGUCCGUCACAAUCUGUCGCUGCACAAGUGCUUCAUGCGGGUCGAGAACAUCAAGGGCGCCGUCUGGACCGUAAACGAGGCAGAGUUUUGCAAGCGCCGCCCGCAGAAGCUCGGAAUAAUGCAGUUUAAAUUUCAGAACGCCUCGUCCGCGGGAAUGCAACAGCAGAUGCACCAGUCGGGCGGCGGUGGCGGAAAGAAGAAACAGUCGGCGCUGGGCGGUAUCGCCGGUCCGCCACCGGCUGUACCCCCCCUGGCGUCUGCUGUGGCGUCGGCUGCCGCCGCUUCGGCCAUGGCAAUGAAGCAUGCUGGCCCGCAUCAUCCGCCGCCGCAACCACCGCCGGUCGGGUUCUAUUACAAACGGUUCGUAGCAGGGGCGUUCCUUCGGGUUGCCACGGCGAUGUGUGACUUGUUUUUUUUCAUUCCGAUAGAUUUUGCUCUACUUUUACACUCGUUUGACUCUCACUUUGUGUAGCGUGUUUUGCGUAUCUAAUCUACUAACAGCUCGACAUUUUGGCGUCACUUUGAUCGUAAUUUAACUAAUUUUGAAUAUUUGAUUAACCACUGUCUGAAAUUAGUUUUGCUCAUAAAACACCCAACCAUAAGCAUAAUCAUAAGAACCUUACAUAAACUGUAUAAAAUUUUGGUAUAUACAAUUUCAAUACAAGUUUUGUAUUAUUUCAAUACAGUAUCUGCAUAGAAAACCUUUUUUUUUAAAUUUAAACCUUGAAGAGUUGUGUAUGCCAAGAUUUUAUACUUUAAUCAUGAGAUUUGUUCUAUUGUUUAUAUACAUUUAAAACUACAAAUUAACUACAUUCGUGCGAUCAAUUCACAUCUAGUAUCAGAGCAGUGGUUAUUCUUCCUUUUUCAAUCCAUUUCAUACUCACAUAAAAGCUAAACAUGAGAAUACGAAGCUUUACGCAAACCACCCCUGAAAUGUAACAAAGAAAUUGCAACAUCCACAACGCAGGUGGAUGGUUUGCGUCUUCGCUAGUAAUGUUGUAGCUUUUAUGUUCUUAUGUAGCGAAGCUUUGCAUUCACCUUUCCCGGAAUGUGAAAUGCAAAACUUGCUACACAGCGCAACCCUGUGUGCAACACAACAGUGUCGCACGUUUUUCCUACUCCUUACGUCACAUCCGCCUUGUGUUGCACUCUCAUGCGGACAGAAUCGGGUUUCUGUAAAGCUGGUCAAACGUGAGAAAAACGUACCGAUGUUGUGUUGCAUUAUGGAAGGCUUAAAAUUCGUUCAAUUUAAAUGGUCAUAGUUAUUACGUAAAUUGUCACGAAUUUUAAGAAACGAUGUGAAAAAAAAAUCCCAAUUGUUAAUAGUCAUAAUUUUGGAAGUUAGUAACUAUUCAA